UAUUGGUCCACCCACAUUCUUUUUUGGAAAGCAAAGAAGCGACAUAAAAGGCAACAGGUUUUCAAGUUGCGAACUCCAUAAAAGGCCAUCCUACAACAAGCACAAUGCAGAGCGAAGAUUCCACAACAACAACAGAUGAACUAGACAACAUGCAUUACGGAGCUCAAUCUCAAGGAAGCGGAGUUCUUGAUCCGUCCUCGAUUGAAGAAGGAGAAUUCGAAGCAGCAAUGGCUGGCGAUCAUGAUGCACAUGGAUUGAAACGACCGACGGAAAGCGACGACGACGGUGACGCUGAUUCUAGCAUGUUGGUGGAGGAAAGACCUAAGAAAAAGACCCGAGGACGUGUUAAAAUCGAAAUGAAGUUUAUUGCCAACAAGUUGAGGAGGUACACGACGUUUAGCAAAAGAAAAACAGGGAUUAUGAAAAAGGCCUACGAACUAAGCACCCUGACCGGAACGCAGGUGAUGCUGUUGGUAGCUUCCGAAACAGGGCAUGUUUACACCUUCGCCACAAGAAAACUUCAACCCAUGAUUACUUCAGAGAGCGGCAAAGCUCUCAUUCAAACGUGCUUGAACUCUCCCGAUCCUCCUGUUUCUCAGAUUCCGAACCCAGACCAAAGGAUGUCAGCGACGGGAUACGAAGAAACAGAUCUAACUUACACCGUGAACGAAAAUGACGCCGAGAAGAUGCAGGAUAGAGGUGGCAUUUUCACAUCCCAACAAAUAGACACUAAUCAGGGACUGACAGUGGGUUCGUUAUCAGGGGCAAGUGGAUCCAUGACGGGUAUUACAGCAUUGCCGGCAACAGGACAUUCCUUCCCCAUCACAACCUACAUCCCACAAUCUAACAUCCAACAGCAAGGUGGUAACAAGAACACGUCCAUUCAGUCUUCAUAUUCUGUGCAAGCUAUGCCUGGAGGAGCUUUUACCACCAUAUUUGCUCCAGGGACUUCAGUCCAGUUGGGACAAACACUUGCACAAGGACAGCAGCAAGGGUCUACAGUACAGGUGCUUGCACAGCCUGCUGUGCAGAUCCAGCGAGUACAGCAGCCUCAGACUCAGACAGUGCAAGUUAACCCAGUGAACACCACAACAGCCUCAAACACCAUCACCUUGCCAAUUGUUCAGGAUGCAGGCCAGACCCAUGAUAAUAAUGUUGACCAGUCAUCUGGCUCACAGGCAAACAACUUGCAGUCAGUUGGAACAGUCGUGGUCCCCAUAGCAACCAAUCAAGAUGGGAGUGUCUCCCUUGGAAAUGCCAUCCCUUCUUCCAUGAUGCUGACAUCUUCCCAAGCAAGCCAAAUCCCAGUCAUGUACAGUGUGUAUGCAUCACCUAACUCUGGGCUGGUGACUGUGUCUAACCUCUCAGAGAGUGGCACAGAACAAGGGUCAGGACACACCCAUCUGUCUGGAGAAGCAAGUGAUAUAACACAGCAGGCUCUUCCUGGGUCUCUGUCCUUGGCUGCAGUUCAAGUGCACCAGGAUAUAAACUCUGGUGUGCAUGCUUAUGCAACACAAGCUGUUGUCACAGAGAGCAGUGGCACUCAAACUGCAGAUGAAAUGCAUACUAUGGUCAGUGAUCAUGGGAAUUUAACCGUGGGUACAGAGUCAGACACAGGGAUUGUGAAAAAUGAUCUGUCAGUGUCUGUCAAUUAAACUGCCUCUUUAUCCCUUUCAUGCUGAUGAU